UUCCGCCACACAUGAUGGAAGCGUGACAGUUUCUAAUUUUUACCGGUUUUUUAAUCAUUAUUGUUAAAAAUUGGGAGGUUUAAGUAUAAAUUGUUGUAAUCUUAGUUGGAAAAAUGUUGGUCUUAUUUGAGACAGCGGCAGGCUACGCGUUAUUCAAGCUUUUGGACGAAAGUAAAUUAAAAGAAGUUAAUAAUUUGUACCAUGAAUUUGAUUCACCAGAAUCGGCAGGAAAAAUUGUGAAGUUGAAACAUUUUGAGAAGUUUAAUGAUACUACGGAAGCCUUGGCUGCUACAACUGCAGCCGUCGAGGGAAAAGUGUCAAAAAGUUUAAAAAAGGUACUGAAGAAACACAUCGAUCAGGAAUUACAGGACAAACUUCUUGUGGCUGACGCCAAGUUAGGGUCUGCAAUUAAAGAGAAGUUUAAUUUGCAAUGCGUGUCAAAUACAGCGGUCCAGGAGCUGAUGCGAUGUAUUCGGUCGCAGUUGGACAGUUUAAUAACGGGAUUACCUAAGAGAGAAAUGACCGCGAUGGCAUUAGGUUUAGCUCAUUCUUUAUCACGGUACAAACUAAAAUUUUCGCCCGAUAAAAUUGAUACAAUGAUAGUUCAAGCGGUUUCUUUACUCGAUGAUCUUGACAAAGAACUCAAUAAUUAUAUAAUGAGGUGCCGCGAAUGGUACGGGUGGCAUUUUCCCGAACUUGGAAAAAUAAUAACUGAUAAUGUUGCGUUUGUUAAAACUGUUAAAAUCAUAGGAACGCGUGAUAACACUGCGAAUUCAGACCUCUCUGACAUUCUUCCUGAAGAAAUUGAGGAAAAAGUAAAGGAAGCGGCAGAAAUAUCCAUGGGUACUGAAAUAUCUGAAGACGAUAUUUUAAAUAUUCAGAAUUUGUGCGACCAAGUUGUAGAAAUUUCCAAUUAUCGUGCCCAGUUGUAUGACUAUUUGAAAGCGCGAAUGAUGGCGAUGGCCCCAAAUUUGACUACUUUAGUUGGGGAUUUAGUGGGUGCUCGUUUGAUUUCACAUGCCGGGUCUUUGAUAAAUCUCGCUAAACAUCCGGCCUCAACGGUGCAGAUUUUGGGUGCCGAGAAGGCCUUGUUUAGAGCCCUUAAAACCAAGAAAGACACCCCCAAGUACGGUUUGAUCUAUCACGCCCAGUUGGUGGGGCAAAGCAGCACGAAAAACAAGGGGAAAAUGUCACGAAUGUUGGCUGCGAAAGCAUCCCUAGCGACGCGUGUUGAUGCUUUAGGAGAAGACGGCAAUUUCACGUUAGGGGCGGAGCAUAAAGCCAAGUUAGAGGCGCGACUUAGGAUACUAGAAGAGGGUAAUGUGAGGAGAAUUAGCGGGACGGCUAAAGCCAAGGCGAAGUUUGAGAAAUAUCAUGGAGUUUCGGAAGUUCAGCAAUAUCCUGCUGCUGCUGACUCGACGUUACCAUCGACUUCAAAGAGGAAGAGAUCAGAGUCGGAACAAGUACAAGUGAAAGAGGAAUUGGAUACCACUCAGGAGACUCCUAAGCAGAAAAAGAAGAAGGCCAAGGCAGAAGAGACAAAUGUCAGUAUAAAGGAAGAAGAUGAAGAAAGCAGUGAAGGACAGAAGAAGAAAAAGAAGAAGGUGAAACAGGAGGUGAAGGAAGAAGUGGAAGCGGAAGAUACGGCCGAACCUGAAGUGACUCCCGGGAAGAAAAAGAAGAAGAAGAAGAAGCAGUCAGAGAGUGAAGUUCAACCUGAAGAAGUCGUUGAAGAGCCAACAAGUGAAAAAAAGAAAAAGAAGAAGAAAAAGAGCAUUUCCAAGGAAGAUGAGUAAUUUAAGGGAAGUAAAGUGGAUUUACUAGGAUUUUUUUUAUUUUUUACAAUAGAUAUUCUUAUAAUUAAGUUGCUGUUACACAACAGCAGUGUAAUUUGCUUUGCAGUAGACUAAAAAACAAUAAAUGAUUGACUUAAUUA